UGGUAGUAGUACCCGCCUUUAUGUAGGUCGACUGUCUUCUCGAACACGCUCACGUGAUCUUGAAGACCUUUUCAGCAGAUAUGGAAGGUUUCUGGGCUUUUGCCUAACCUGGAGGUCUAUGGUGAGAGGGUGCCCUUGGUGGAAUUGGUGGCUAUCUUUGCAGAGUUAAUAGGAGACUUUGGCGCAUUCUUUCUGUAAUGUUAUUGCGUAUGUUUGUGGGAAUGGCAACGAUUACAAAGUGGUGUUUAAUUCAUCUUCUGAGGGGCGAAGUUUCAUACCCUCCGGUACUUAAGUCAUGAUGGCCUUACUGUUUCUGGCAAACGUUUCCGCAGAGUACGAGAUGUGGACUUGAAGCACGACUUCGCCUUCAUUGUAUGUUGCUCUCAUCAUCACCACUUUUGAUUCUCGUGCCUUCUUUUCUCUUUAUGUGAUUAUGGAUCUUAUUGUACUGGAUGUUCUGUAUGAGUUUUAUGUCAUUCUUCACAAUACUUCGCAAUAAUGCCAUGCAAAUAUGAGCUUUCUCUAUGUUCUUCUCUUGUUUGUGUUCUUGGCUUUCAGGAAUUCAGUGAUCCCCGAGAUGCAGAUGAUGCAAGAUACAGCUUAAAUGGAAGAGAGUUCGAUGGAAGCAGAAUCAUUGUGGAAUUUGCGAAAGGGGGACCACGUGGAGCUGGAGGAUCUCGAGAAUACUUGGGCAGGGGUCCACCUCCAGGUUCAGGCCGUUGCUUCAAUUGUGGGAUCGAUGGCCAUUGGGCUCGAGACUGCAAAGCUGGGGACUGGAAAAACAAGUGCUAUCGCUGUGGAGAAAGAGGCCAUAUUGAAAGAAACUGCCAAAACAGCCCCAAGAGCCUGAAGCGUGGGCGGAGUUAUUCCCGUUCUCCAUCGAGAUCCCGUUCUCAUGGCCGUGGAAGGAGCCGUAGCCGAAGUUACAGCAGAAGCCGCAGUUACAGUCGCUCACGGUCACCUCCAAAGAGGGGGUCUGGACGCAGCCUAGAGAGAGAGGACCGAUCUCGGAGCCCGAAGUACAGCCGCAGCCCUCGCACCAAAGGCAGUCCCGUAAAGAGCAGGAAGCAGCAGAGCCCUACUCCUGAUAGACAAAGGAGCCCCAGCCCAACAGGUAGCAGUCCUCGAGAGAGGGGCAGCCCUAUCCCAAGAGAGAGAAAGCAAGAAGCCUCUGACUAUAGUGGGAGCCCUAGAAACAGCAGGAGCCCCAUUAGCCCAGAGAGAGAGAGCCCUAGGAGGUACAGAAGCCCUGAGACAAAUGGCAGGAAUGGAAGGAGCUCGAGCCCUAUGAGAGAUGAUGAUGUAAGCCCAGUUGAUCGAGAUGCCUCUCCCCCACCACGGGGUGGCAGCGAGAGCCCCUCGAGCCCGAAUGCACUUGGUAAGUGCAUGGCAUCAUGCGAAGGUUGGUGGAAACCUCAAGCCAAAAGAUAUUAGUAUAUUAUGCUUCCACGGGAGUUUACUGUCCAUUUACUCACUCGGCUGAAACCCCAUCUGAAACCCCACCGAGGAUUAGUUUUACGACCUUAAAUUUCAGUCCUCUGACUGAGAGUAUAUGUACACUAUUCUCCUGCAGGUGCACAGUAUAUGUGCCCAAAUCUGAACAUGGAAAAUUCAUGGUCAUAUCAUAGUCCUUGGGUGUUGGUGUCAUAUUUGAAUAGACAAAUAAAUUGGGACCCUCGAGGAUAUGAUCCCAAUGAUAGGUUUGAUACCCUCAUAUCACCAACAAAUCUCCCAAUGGGGAAUUGGCUGAGAGAAUUGGCCUAAUGGACUGCUUUUUCCAAUGUAAUGUGGAGAAGUAAGGUCAAAAAGUUCUAACGUGUAUAAGUAAGGUAAAAAAGAGAAUCCGCCUAAGAAUCAAUAAAGUAAUAAUUUAUAGUGA